AUGCUUCUUUGUCUGAGUGAGUCGAAGGUUCCCGACCUGAAGCGAAGGUUUGGUUUGUCGAGAGAUAAGCCAGUCGCAGGCAUGGCACAAGGUGCAAGCGUUGAUCCAGCAUGGCAGCUUUCAAGAACAGACUUGCGUCGAACAUACGAUUCUUACAUUUCCAUUGUCGAGAAGGAUGCGCAGAAGAUGAUACAGUUAACAGACAAAGAAAAGCUCUACAUCCCCGAACAGGUGGUGCAGUCGAGGAUUAAAGCAUUCGAGGACGCCAAGAGAGUGAACGCAGCCUUUGUGGAGAAAGUCUUGAGCUCUCUGCCCGCUGACAAGCCAAUGAUCAGCACGGAUCGGGUCAUGGCGGAUGAGGGACAGGAGCACAAGAAGCGCCAAGCUCUUGAGCUGACACACUACCCCGGGAUUCGCUUGGGCUCACAAUCGUACAACACCAUGGGGUCCGUCCUCCUCCACAUCUUCCGAGACUGGAGUGAGGAGUGUACCCACGUCGUCCGGGACGUCUAUGCUCCUAUCGUCGAGCAAGUCAAGCUAAGGCUGCCGUGCCAGUCCCGUGCGCCAUCGAUCUUGAUUCCUGGGUCUGGAUUGUCGCGGCUCGCUUUCGAGCUCAAAGGCGCUGGGUAUGCAGUGGAGUGUAACGAGUUCAGCAAGAUCUUCGCGACAUUUGCCAAUUACUUAUUCAACGAUUGCGAGACUUCAAGCAAUAUAUGUCCUCUCUCCCACGUCUUCUCCGAGAACUGGAAGCUUGCUGAUCAAUACAUGCAAGUGAACAUCCCGACGAAGUUUCCGAGUCAAGCGAGGCAUUCUUUCUCUGGCUCUCCUUCUUCCUGCUUCUCAAGCUUGUCGCUCAGCUUCGCUUCUCCCAUCCGGAUGACUACCGGCGACUUCGUUUCACUCUACAACGCAAAAGACGGACCAGCUCAUCGGAAGUUUGAUUGUGUUGUGACGUGCUUCUUCAUCGAUACCUGCGAUGAUCUCAUCGAUUACAUUCAGACCAUCGAUUCGCUGCUUGUGGAGGGCGGACUUUGGAUCAACCUCGGGCCCCUCAACUACAAGAAGGAGUUGAGGCUGAAGCUCACGUGGGAUGAAAUGGAGCAAGUUUGGAUCCAGCUAGGAUAUCGCUUCCUCGAUGUUCGUAAGCUACACACCGCUUACCAUCUGGCCUCUGGGAUCAAGAUGUACACUGAGCAGGACUCGGAUGAUGAGUAA